AUGAGCAUCAGUGAAAAUGUGUGCCAUAGCAUGCGAAAAUCUGCGUUUAAGAAAAUUCUGGAUCAAGAAAUCGAAUGGUUUGAGAAGUCGAAGCCGGGCACUUUAGCUACUGACGUUGCAGAAUCCCUCGAAAAACUCGGGUGGAGCAUGCGGAACAGUAUGCAAUCUUCCGUCGGAGCACUAAUGACAGCUGUCACUGGAGUUUAUGUCGCAUUCUCGUUGAACCAAAAUGUUGCCCAAAUCACGAUGCUAUUUUUCGGGUUCUAUGGAAUGGCGUCAUUUUGGCUUGAAAGGCUAUCCGACCUCAGCUACGAGUACAGCAACAGCUACAAGACGGCCGGAAGGUUGUUGCAACAGGCGUUAUCCUCAAUCCGAACCGUUCAAGCAAAUAAUGCUCAACAUUUUGAGUUGAAGAGGUACAAAACCGCGCUUUCCGAAGCCGGUCUUAUCGACCGGAAAGCGGCGCUGAUCACCUGUGGCGUUUCCGGGCUUUGGCUGACCAUUAUCCACAUUUCCGAGUUUUACAACAACUGGAUGGCGGCGGAUUAUGUAUUUAAUGGAAUCACGAAUGCUACUACGGUAUUAGCAAUCGGGAUGGCCGCAGAUUCGGCGAGCAGCGCUGUCGGGUCUCUAAUUCGGGAAAUUUUCGACGUCCAGAAGAAUCUCAACGACGCGCAGCCACUUUUCGAUAUUUUGGCGCUAAAGGAAGACGAUGAGAGGGAUAAGGAAGAUCCUAUUGACACAACGACAGCUGCGAGAAUCUCGUUUGAUUCGGUCAACUUUACCUACCCGAGCCGACCGGAUGUGGAGAUUUUGAAGGAUAUAUCAUUCGAGUGCAGCCCCGGCCAGACUGUGGCCAUUGUCGGAACUUCCGGAUCCGGAAAAUCGACGAUUUUACAGCUACUUCUCAGGCUAUAUCAACCAAUUUCUGGAGAGAUCCACCUCGACGGAAUUCCGAUCCACAACUACACACGAAGACGGCUUCUAGAUCUUAUUGGAGUUGUCGGUCAGGAACCCGUGUUGUUCAGCUCCUCCAUAAUUGAGAAUAUACGCUAUGGAAAGGAAGACGCAACGGACGCGGAAGUUACCUUGGCUCUACAAAGAGCCAAUGCCUUGGAAUUCGUACGAGGGCUGCCAAAUGGCUGGAACACAAAAGUCGGCGAACGUGGCUGUCAACUUUCCGGAGGCCAAAAACAGAGGAUCGCCAUCGCCAGAGCCCUCAUCAAGAACCCCCGAAUCCUGAUUCUCGAUGAGGCGACCAGCGCCCUGGACAGCCAGAGUGAAGCGGAAGUGAUGAAAGUAUUGAGGCGGAACUCGAGGAAUCGAACAACCUUUGUCGUCGCUCAUCGGCUAUCUACCAUCCGGGAUGCCGACAAGAUUUUGGUUGUCGAUUCGGGGAGAGUCAUCGAGUCCGGUACGCAUCACGAGUUGAUGGCCAUGGAUGGAACUUAUGCAAAGCUAGUAAAGGCUCAACUUAAUCAAGCUCGUAGAAGUCGUCAUUCUACCGAAGAUAGCCAGAAUCUCGGUUCAGACGCGGGAGAAUACUGCAGCGAGCACGAGUUUAGUGACGAGGAGGACGAGAAUGAGGACGAUGUGGCGAGGAUGGAACGGGAAUGCCAAGAAGAAGGUAUCACCAACUUCAACUUUUCGAAAAUCGUAAGCUGGCUUCGACCGGAUGCAAAGCUCUUCGCUCUUGGAAUGUUUGCCUGCCUGGCCGAGGGCUUUCUGAUGCCCUUUGGAAAAUGGAUAGAGGGCCAAGCCCUUCAGUCCUACGCCCAAAUCGACCCGGCCAAGCAGCUGGCAGAUGGUAGAAGAGGAGCCCUCUUGGAGCUGUUACCGAUUGUCCCGCAUAUUCUGAUUAACUUGGCUAGAGGCAUGUGCUUGGAAACCGCUGGUAUUCGACUGGCGAAUCGGCUUCGGGUUGAGUUCUUCUCAAACCUAUUACACCAAGGUGGGCCCUAUUUUGACGAGCCAAAGCAUGCAACCGGAAGGUUGACAACAAGAUUGGCCAGUGAUGUGCUACAUAUUCGACAGGCUCUUGGAAGCCGUGUUUCCUGGCUUUUCGGAUCGUUUUUCGUCAUCGUCAUCGGGCUAACCGCUAGCUUCUACUAUUGCUGGCCGCUAGCUUUGAUUAUGAUGGCGUUACUGCCGAUAUUCGGAGCCCUGAAUGCCGUCUAUGACUUGAUAGACCCCGCAUCGUAUGAGGAUAAGAAAAUGAUCGAGGAGGGCGCUAGGUUAAUGAACGAGUCAAUCGACAACAUAAGAACCGUAAAAUCGCUGAAUCUCGGCACGAAUCUCUACUCAAAAUACAGCGAAAUCAUCGAAAAACCGCAUAGUGUUUUUUACAAGAAAAUGCUAGCUCGGAGCUUUCUCGUCGCCGUCGCCGACAGCAACUUCCAAUUGACGAUCUGCGUCCAGUACUACGUCGCUAAUUAUAUCCUUGGCUACGGCUUCCUACCCUUUGACGUCUUCAUGACGAUGCUGUUGAUGAACGGCGUCGGCGAGUCGUUCGGCUCGCUCGUCGGCUUCUACCCGGAGUACAAGAAAAUGAGACUGGCCGCCGCGUUGAUGAUCAAGAAUUUGGAGGAGACCAGGGUGGAAGAGGAAUCAAAUUCUGAUGAGCUGAAUUUCGGGCAAAUCCGUUUUGAGGACGUCCACUUUGCAUACCCGCAACGCCCGGAGCAAGAGGUUUUGAAGGGAAUUUCUUUCCAAGUCGACCAGGGCCAAACAGUCGCUCUCGUUGGCAUGUCUGGCUCUGGCAAAAGCACGAUCUCAUCCCUCCUUCAGAGAUUUUACGAUCUGAAGAAAGGAUCGAUCUACCUCGAUGGCCAGAAUAUCCGCGACCUUCCAAAAAAGGAACUUCGCACUCAAAUGGGCAUCGUCUCGCAAGAACUCACGCUCUUUGACGACACUAUUUAUAACAACAUCAUCUACGGCCUGGACCCCGAUUUGGUGAAGGAAGCCGAAGUCCACGAAGUCGCCAAAUCCGCCAAUAUCCACAGUUUUGUCGAAAAAUUGCCAGACGGGUAUCAGACGAUGGUCGGAGAGAGAGGAACACAGCUUUCUGGAGGUCAAAAACAGCGAAUAGCCAUCGCCAGGGCACUGUUGAAAAACCCGAAAUUGUUGAUUUUGGAUGAAGCGACGAGUGCGCUGGACGCGGAGAGUGAAAAGAUCGUUCAAGAAGCCAUUAAUGCGUCGACAUUUGGUCGCACUUGCCUUGUUAUUGCUCAUCGAUUGAGCACGAUUCGGGAUGCCGACAAAAUUAUCGUCAUGGACCGUGGGGUUAUCGUGGAAGAGGGCGUACAUAAAGAUCUUGUCGAGAAGCACGGGGUGUACUACCAGCUGGUGAAGCACCAGGAGCACAGC